GCAUUAAUUUGACCAACAAAUUUAUGGCUGUACCUAACAUCAUCACACACUAAAUGCACCUUUCACAUACUAUUGAUGCCAUCAAACCAAAGUAAUCUCCAAAAUCACUUUUAAAGUUUCUUACAAAAACAUCAUAAUUAUUUCCAAAUUACCAACCUUACUUAUACAACAAAAAUCACACAACUAUAUCAGAUUCAUAUUCAUGUUAUAGAAAAUGCUCAAGGUAGAGACUGAGUCUGAAAUCACAACACCUCUCAAAAAAAGACUUGAAGUUUUCAUGGCAAGAAAUGAAGUACUACAGAAAGAAAACUACGAACUUAGAGAAGAAGUUGCGCGACUAAAAUCGCAGAUAGUUUCGCUCAAAGCGCAUAACAUCGAGCGAAAAACUAUUCUGUGGAAGAAGAUACAGAAAUCCAUAGAUGACAACAAUUCAGAUACACAUAACCAGCUCAAACCAGCACUUCAAGCAAUCAUGUCUGAAAAAAACUUAGAAAAUGAGAACUUGCAUCAUACAAAUCAAGAUUUUCAUGAUUCAUCCGGUUCGCCUAGAUCGCCUAGAAAGGAAAGAACAUCGAUAGCUCUACCACCAACUCCGCCUCCAAAGCCUAAAAAUUAUGAAAACAGAAUCAAAAUGCUGCCAGCAAUAGCGCCUCCGCCACCUCCAACGCCAUCAAAAGCAUUGAUCGGUUUGAAAGUGGUGCGCCGUGUGCCUGAAGUUAUUGAGUUGUAUCGCUCGCUUACACGAAAAGACGCCAACAUGGAAAGCAAAACUCAUCACAACGGAAUUCCAGCAGUAGCAUUCACCAGAAAUAUGAUCGAGGAAAUCGAAAAUCGGUCUAGUUAUCUCUCAGCUAUAAAAUCAGAAGUUCAAAGCCAGAAGGAAUUCAUCAGUUUCUUGAUCAAAGAAGUAGAAUCAGCUUCAUAUGCAGAUAUUUCCGAAGUCGAAACAUUCAUCAAAUGGCUAGAUGGAGAAUUAUCUUCAUUGGUGGAUGAAAGAUCAGUGCUUAAGCAUUUCCCACAAUGGCCUGAACAAAAAGUUGAUGCAUUAAGAGAAGCUUCUUGUAACUACAGAGAUCUGAAGAAUCUUGAAUCAGAAGUUUCAUCCUAUGAGGACAAUCCUAAAGAGCCAACUUCUAUGGCUUUGAAAAGGAUACAAACAUUACAAGACAGGUUGGAAAGAAGUGUGAGUAGUAAAGAGAAGAUAAGGGAGAGUACUAGUAAAAAAUAUAGAAAUUUUCAUAUCCCUUGGGAGUGGAUGAUGGAUACCGGCCUUAUCGGUCAGAUGAAACUAAGUUCAUUGAGGCUUGCAAAGGAAUUCAUGAAAAGGGUAACUAAGGAAAUGGAAUCUCAUGAAGAUAAUAAUAGCCUUUUGUUACAAGGAGUUAAGUUUGCAUUCAGAAUACACCAGACAUUCAGUUUGCAGGUGGCUUUGAUUAUGAGACUAUACAAGCAUUUCAAGAAUUGAAGAAAGUUGGUUGUGUUGUUGUUGUUGUGCCAAGUAAUAGUAAUCACAUCAUGAUUAAUUCUCCCAAAUUUGUUAAAAUUGGACAAAAAUAUGCAUCUUAACUUAUAUUAAUGUAUUGCCAUAAUUAUCGUUUGAUGUUUAUACAUCAGUGGCAGAGUUUACAAACAUGUAUAUGCUCUUCUAUUUAUGUCAUUUUUAAAAACUCAUUAACUAGACUAGUGUGGCUAGUGUGCUCUUAAUGAUAAUCUUUCUCCUUGUGCUCUUUCCUAUAUAGUGAUGUUGAUUUGUUCAA